GCCUCAGAAUUCGAAACGGGGGCCUCCUCACUCAGUUCCACGUUCGCCGUUCAGUUCCACUCGGUACUCCGUGAAUGACGCGCGCGCCCGGCCGCCGCCGCCACCGAACAAGUUCUCGACUGGCCGUUAAACGUCCACGUUACAGCGUUAUCGUUAUUUUCAACUGUUACCAGCCAACCGUGAAAAUUUACGCGUGUGCAGCCUGCGGAGAUAAGGUCGAAAAGGGUGGCCGAUAGUUACGCGGACGGUCCAGUUGUCCCGUUAUCACAUUACCCCCCCAACACCCGACCAACCCAACACCCCACCCCACCCCCCUCAAGGUCGCGGAGGUGCGAAGAGAGCGUGGAACGGUGCGCCGAUAACGAUCCGGUUCCGAUCUCCGACGAGAGUUUCGGAUAAUAGAUAAAAAAUAAAUAAUCGAGAACAAGGAAAAACAGCCGAACCAUCGCCAUGCGGACCGCGUAUCUAGCGGGUCUAUUAGCGAUACUCUUUCUCGCGAACGUUGAGAGCAAACCUUCCCGCAAGGACGGCGAUUUCGACUACCCGGGUGACGAGGACUACGACGAGGAGCCCGAGGCAGCGGGCCGCGAGGAAUCCGAUUUCGCUACCGCGUCCACCGAGCCGCCGUCCCACAUCCACAACAAGGGUCAAAAUUUCCGGGUCCGUUUGGGCGAGGCGAUCAAGCUACCCUGCAACGUUUCGUACGCAAAGAAUGUCCUGGUACUGUGGCAGCGGGGCAACGAACUGCUCUACUCCGACGAUACCGCCUACACCUCGGAGACCCACCGUAUCGUUAGACUGAAAGACAACAGCUUGGUCAUCUACGAUUUCAGGGCGAACGAUUCCUCGGAUUACUACAUUUGCACGAUAUCCAGCGAACCUCGCGAAAAAAUCGUACACUCCGUACGGCUCUACGACGAACCGGCGAUACCGACGACUACCGCCGUCACGUCGGUGACGAAUCGACAACGUCAGCUGAUCGUCAGUCCGGGUACCCAGGUAGUAAUCGAACGGAACUCGGAGGUCACGCUUUCUUGCACAGCCAAUUGGGAACCCAAGCCGAAGAUCAGCUGGUCUCACAGGGGCGAAAGGCUGAUCAGCGACAAGUAUCCCGAAGACGGAAGUUCUCUGACGGUUCGUAACGUGACCUUGAAACACGCGGGACUCUAUCAAUGCCUCGCGGAAAACGAGCCGGGCGAUGAAAGCCCAAAACUCGGUGGUAUAGAACUCCUGGUGCCCCACGCUCCGACGAUAAAAUUGGACUCCGAGUACGUGUUCACCGGAUUGGGAAGACAGUCGGAACUCACGUGCAGGGUUUACGCGUACCCGAAGGCAGAGGUUGUGUGGUACAAGGGGAACGGUAGCGUGGUUUACAAGCAGGGUAAAGCCGAGACGAAGGGACCGACGGAAACCAAGUACACUCUCGUAUUCGGACAUAUCGAGGAAUCGGAUCUCGGAUCGUACAGAUGCCAGGCGUCGAACUCCCUGGGAAACUCCGAAGGGACCAUUACGCUUACCGGCGUUCCGAGGGAGGCCCAAUUCGUCGGUGGUCAUGUGGCCGACGACGACGUUACUCCCAUUAUCGAAUGGGUCGUCACCAGUUAUUCUCCCAUCACGGAGUACAGGCUCGAGUACCGCCAAAAGGGUGCGAAAAAUUGGCAAGUCGCUGUACCGAGGGCUACGGACGACGGCACGAGCAACACCUUCAAAGUCGAACACCCGAUGAAGGGUCUUCAGCCGGGAUCGUACGAAGCUGUCCUGAUGGCGAGGAACAAUUUCGGCUGGUCGCCGCGACCUCGAAUUCCCCACGAAUUCAGCGGUGAAUUUGUACCCGAAGAACCGGAAACUGCUGGUAAAUCUGGAGCGUCAGCUACGCAAUCCCUCGUCAUGUCGAGGGCGCUUCUUUUAGCUGCAUCACUUUACGUCUACACGACGCAUCUCUAAUCCUGCGGUGCAAGACACUCAAAGAUUCGUAGAUAAAUUGCUACAGCCAAAGCGUACACCGGUCGUCUCGACUGUCCAGGUGAACAUAUUAAACAUGUAUACUUAGGUAUGUAUGUAUCGUAUAUACUUACAUACACGAGCGUACCUACAUUAGAGAGAAAAAAACAGAAAAGAAGAGAAAUAAAAAAAGGAGAUAAUGCGCAUCUGAGAAGACGACGUUAGUCACCCUGUGUUCUUCGUCAGCUAUACCAUGUUUAAUAUUACGAUUUAUGUUUGUAUAUUUUAUUAUAUUAUAGCAUAUGUUAUACUAUAUUAUACUAUAUUAUAUUAUAAUAUAUUACGUCAUAGUGAAAGGUAUGAAUAUAAGUCCGUUAAAUUCUAAGGAUAAAUUCAGCUAUUCCUGCGUUCGUUUCGUCGUUCAACAGUAUAAACAGAUGGAAAUAAUUAUUCAUACCACACCGCAUAAGAUAUGCGCGUAGUUCACCUGAUACCUGUGCCUUAUGCUCGUGUGCGUAGCCGAGGAUCACGGGCGGGGGGAUUAAAAUAUAACUUAUAGGGCCAGAUAUACUUAUAACGGGUUAUUUCUAUAAAGUAUCCCGUGCCGGCCGAUGGCGAUUCAAAAUUGAUGAAAAAAAAAAAGAGAACAAGAAAAAAACGCACUUUAAUGAAUCUGAUAAUUGUUACGAUUAUUAUUAAUUAAUGUUACUAUUAAUUAUUAUUCUUAUUGUUUCGACAAUCGCAAUUAAUAUUAUUAUUCUUAAUUUUAUCGACGAUGUAAUAUAUAUAUAGGUACUUUAUCUAGGCAUCUAAUACUGUGAGUUUAAAGAGAGAAAAAAAAGAGAAACAAAUAAUCUCCAAAACGAACUUCUGUUGAUCUGAAAUUUAUACCGAAGGAUAUAAUUAUUUUUAGCUUGACAGAUAUUGCAUGUUCGUUAUUUAGGGUAUAAGCAUAUCGUUAGAUUAAUCGACCGUUUAGGCUUCCAUGAGAUUCCAUGGUCAAGAUUUUUACCAUACGCCAGUGUUUGGAGUGGCCGACGAUCCGGGGGAAGGGAGGAAAAUCAUUAGCUGAUAUAAAUAGGCUGACUUUGAAAACUGAUAGAAAUUUUUUGCUGGUGCAAUUUAUGAGGAGAGUCGCUUGUGACGGGCCGCGCCCGUCUGAAACAGCUAGUGGCUUUCAUCCCUAACGUUCCGACAGACGUUCAUUAUUUAAGUAAAAUAAUGAUAAUAUACAUCUAACCGGUGCGUGCAAGCCCUGGACAGAGGUACGGCAGCGAUAGGGCAGUAAUGUUGCCUAUAGGUGUCUUGGAUAUAAUUACAUAUACUUAUAUAGAAAUACCAAAGGAAUAAAAUGCCCGGAAAUGCGGCAGAUAGUAAAAUUAUGACAAAAAAAAACUAUUUUUUUUUUUGCAAUACUCCGGUUCUCUCUGACCAACACCCUGUGAAAAGGUCACUACGAAAUCUGACCCGGUUUGUAAUAAGGGCGACGGUCGGUCGAUGGUAUAACCAUGGAUAUAUCGAACAAUAUCUGUGGUAUAACGUACUUUUUCCUGAUCCGUCCGUCCCGGAGCAACGUAAUAAAUAGCAGGAGAUUCAAAUAUUCUGCCAAUUAUAAUUAGCCGCGUCAUUAGAAUUGCACAGAUUUAUACAAAUGAUAUCAUUAUGCUUGAGAAUGUUAUUACGAAGUCCAAAGUCACAUCUGCCCCCAGCCUUAUAUGUACACACGUAUGACUCUGAAUAUCUAUAGAAGAAGAUAGAUUAUUUAAGUACGACCCCACAUCUCUUUUCUCUCUGUGCUUGAGACACUAGGGAAAAACGAAAGAAAAAAAAACUAUGCAUCCCAUGAUUAAAAGCGAACUUAAAAUAACAAUAGCAAAUACCGUGACGGAUCCAUGAUUUAUUUUUUUAUGCUUAAAAAUUUUAUAGUCAAUUCGGCAGAUCUUGUCGUGCCACGUAUAUUCAAUGUCCCCGAGUUUGUUGGAGAGAAAAAAAAAGAAAUAAUAAAUGGAUAAGAAAAAUGAAAAACAGAAUAUGGGAACCAUUUCAGAUAUUGGGAGAUGAGAUCUCACGAUAGCGAAACGCGAAGGGGCGUUUAUUUAAUGUGCCUAUGCUGUACUCAUAAAUGUAUAAGUGCUUAUGAAAGAUGUGUGUGGUGAUAAUUGUAACGCAUCAUAAUCGGUCAAUGUGGCCCAGCUUCCUGCGGUUGCCUUCCUUAUGUAAUUAGUCUGGUAAUUAGUAUGUAUGUACAUAGAACAUUAAGCGCAUACCACUCUAUAAGAUUAUACGGAUGAUAUAUUUGUUUAUGAAAUCUAUACAACUGCAUAUUAUAUGUAUGAUACGUGCGUGUAAACAUACGAUAAAUAUACGAGUUUAACAGCA